CCCAAAAAUUCCCCUACCCUCAGCCCCCAAUUUCCCCAAACAGGUACCUUUAGAUUUUUAUCUCUUUUUCUUUUCUACUCCUAGCUAUUUCUUCCUAUUUUCCUAUUUCGCUCCUCUUUGAGCUCGAUCGGCAGAUUCCCAAACGAGGUGUUCAUAUUUAGUUUCAAUUCCGCCACCCUAAUCGGCAAUCGGAAACUCGUUCCAUCUUCUUUUCUCUGUCGAUUGUGUUCUCUGGUGAGCAAAUUAGGGUUUGUUUUGUACGCUGAUUCAGGUUCUUUUUUUUUUUUUGUAUCGUUACGAUUUAUUCUCUUUCCACAUUCUUUUGAAAACCCUAGCUUCUUAGGUUUUCCUAUUCUGCCAAAUAUUCAUUGAUUCUUAUUAUUUUGUAUAGUAAAAAUAUCGAAAAAUUAAGGUGUCGUUUCACUGAUUGAUUCUACUGUAUUAUUCGGAUUCUCUUAGGGUUCCUUACAAGAAGCUCUGUGAGAUUUUAGGUGCGUUGUUUUUAGUUUACCAUCCUAAAUUGAGGGUUUUCUUGUCGAAUCUAAUAAACUUCGCAUCACAGUAUUGCACACCAAAAAAGAGAGAAAAGAAAAAAAAAACCAGAAAAAGAGAAAAGAGAAAAGAGAGGGUCUUCCUUUUAGCUGUCUUUAGAGUUAAUUUGAACCAUACAUGGCGUUAAAUUUUUCGCAUCGGCCCAUAUUUCCGGCGCAUAUAUCUGAGGAUAAUUUGAUAUCGCCGAUGAGAAUUGUUAAUGGGUAUCUAGUGGAGGGUGUUCCAGAGAAGAAAGUGGAGAAUUUUGCUCGGUCCCGAGAGGGUUUUGAUUAUGAUUAUGGGGGGAAAAGUGUAGAGAAGAGUGAUUUGUCGGAGUCGGUAGGGGAGGACAUCGUUGACCGUCUCCCUGCUGAUCCAUUCGGGAUGGAUAUAAGCACCACUAUCACAGCCAUUACUGGAUGGCUUGAGGAUUUGGAAGUUGAUUAUGGAGGAUGUAGGAGAAACCGUGUUGGUCCCAGUAAUGAGGACUAUGGUUUGUUUGCGGAUUUGAAUUUUAUCUGGAGUGAUGCUAUGAGGUUCCAAUCAUUCCCUGGUUGUCACGUUCGGUCUGAUGACAAAAUGAAUAAAGGUGAUCCGGUGAAUUGGUUUGUUGGGGAGAGAGAUAUGAGGGACGCCUUGGCCCAUGUUGGUCUUGGCUCAGCUUGCAAUGUGGGGGACACUGCAGGCUUCAAUAAUGUAGGUUCAGGCAGUUUUCUGCCGCAGACGAUGGCAGGAACAGAUUGUUCGACGUCCUGCUCUGCUGAAAAUGAAGGUGCCCCUCAUGAGGCUUUAUCUUUUGCUCUUGGUUACCUUGGAGUGAAGGAUCUUUUGACUGUAGAAAGUGUUUGUAGGUCCUUGCGACUUACUGUCAAAAAUGAUCCUUUGUUAUGGAGGAGCAUUCAUAUUGAAAAACCAUUGAAUGAGAUCAGUGACGAUGCCCUCUUGCGAUUGACUAGCAGGGCUCAAGGUAACUUACAAUGCUUGAGUUUGUUAGAGUGCACCCGUAUCACAGAUGACGGUUUGAGAAGGGUACUCGAUUCUAAUCCACUUUUGACAAAGCUAUUUGUUCCUGCAUGUACAAGACUCAGUAUUGAGGGCGUUGUAAAUAUGUUGAAGUCCUUUAACUUUAAAAGAGGUAAAAUGGGUAUAAAGCACCUGAGAAUUGGCGGCCUUUAUGGAGUGACUCAUGAACAUGUUGAAGAACUCAGGUUUCUGCUAGGUGCAGAUAGCCAGAAGCAGCAAAAUAAUGUUUACAAACCCCAUUUCUUUUCUCGGAGGAAUAUUUAUCGUUUAUCUGAUGACAAUCGGGCUAUUGAUGUUCAAAUAUGCCCUAGAUGUGGAAAAAUGAGAAUGGUCUAUGAUUGUCCUGCAGAGGGUUGUCAAGUGAAAGAUCAAGCUACUCAAGAAUGUAGGGCCUGCUCACUGUGCAUCUUACGCUGCAGUCAAUGUGGCAGAUGUAUAAAUAACACUGAAUAUGAGGAAACUUUUUGUUUGGAAUUGCUUUGCUCUGAUUGCUUUAGGCAGCCUUUGAAGUGCGAAGAUGAGCAGGAGGGAGGAGGGGCUGGUUCCUGUGACGGAGAACAAAGUUUGUCCGCUGAGGAGUAGACCUAUGUGCUAUCUACGUGUUUAAACCGCUGAGGAGUAAAUCUAUGUGCUAUCUACUUGUUUAAUUGGGCUUUUUCUGAGAAAGAAUAUUAAUUGACUGCUAUCAGUUUGUGUAACACUUGCCGAACCAGUUGAACUGGUACGUUUGUUGGACUGUUUUCAGCAAAAUAACAUACUUCACUCAUUGUUUAAAUUUCACUUGAAUGUUUAGUGCUUUGGAUGAA